UUUUUUUUUAUUUUUUCCUUUUUUCAGGGUCAGAAAUGAUUUCUGAUGCCACCUAUAUUGAAAUGCUUAAAAACUGCUCAAAAUGGAACAGUCGAGUAAUGAGUGGAAGAACACGUUCACAAACUGCUGUUUAUGACCAACAGACUGGAGUAAUGCAUCGCCCUACUGAGCACCUUUUUCGAACGGCUUCUGAACGUUGUCGGUCACGAAAUCCUAUGCAGGUCUAUGUUUAUACUCCACAACGUUGGGUCCGACCCAAAACUACGCCCUCUGCUGCUGUUGAAACAAACUACUUUCUUAAGAAUAAUCCAACUUUGAGGGACGUUCUCAACUCUAAAGACCCAACUCAAUUGUCUUUAUUGUCGAAUGCAGAUUCAACAUCAAAUGAUCAGGCACAACAGUUAUAUACCAACAUGUCUGUCCGUUCGAAUAUGUCUUAUAUGGGAGGGAAUGGAGGCACAAAAAUUUAUGACAAUGAUGUAGACCUGAACGAUUAUGAUUUAGACGAGCCUGAAUUAAACGAACAAUCUGAUGAAGAUGAUUGGGGCUCGAACAAACCAAAACAACGCAAAAGAGGUGGCGGUGCUGUUGUUGGAGGCCGUCCUCUUCUUGGCCGUCCACCUAAGAGAUUAGCGAAUGCAAACGUGGGUGGUUCCGGCGGUUCUACUCCAAAUGUUAUGAGAAUUGCAAAAAAUGGAGAGCAAGUCGAUUCUCCUGGUUAUAUGGGUUCUAGUGGUGCAAAUGACGAUGGGAGAUCUGUGGCCGCUCCUCCUCCAGAUAUUCGUCCAUUUGUUUGCCAAUUCUGUGGAGCCAAAUACAAAUCCAGACCAGGCUUAACUUAUCACCGCGCCCACACUCAUCAGGCAGAGAUCGCAGCCACAAAAAAUGAUGUGCCACCAAGUCCUAGUACGCCCUUUACUAACACUUCAAUUUAUUAA